AUCGUCCAUGGCCUCUAUGAUUGUCGUCUCUUCCCUCCGGGCGUCAGCCUGCCGAGUCGUGAACGAGGAGACUGUUUUUGCUGCUGGAUUUUUUAUCCUCAUCUCGUUCAUCUACAAGGGCCACAUCAAGCGCAUCCGCGACAUCCUCUACACGUCGUGCGCUGAGCACACCCAGGUGGUCAAGGACCGUAUCCAGUCUGUUGAGCAGAUGAAGGACGUUGUCUCCGUCACCGAGGGUCUCUUUGCGCUCUCCAAGGAGACUGCGCAGCUCGAGUCUGAGGCGUUCGUCCAGUGCCAGAAGGUCGCGCUCGCCGCGGAGGUUAAGGCUGUUCUCGAUUCGUGGGUCCGCUUCAAGCAGCAGGCCAAGGAGAGCGAGCAAGCCGAGCUGGUCAAAUCUGUCGUCGACUCCGUCCUCAAGAGCCUCAGCAACGAGAAGACGCAAAUGGACAUCUCGCCUCCGUUGUUGCUGAGAUCGAGCGUACGUGUCUCAUUUCAUUGGGGUUUUCCAUCUCCCUCCUUGAAUGCCUAAAGCUCGUCCAGAACAAGGCUAUUUAGAUUACCGCCAUUGUUCAGAAUGUCAUUUAGAGCGGUACAUCGGCCUAAUGAACCACUUCUGCUCACGGUUCCGUCAUGGGCCGGUAGCCAACGAUGAAUAUCCUGAUGAAGACGC